AUGCCACCGCCCGCCGUGAGACGUAUCCAUCGAGCCCAAGACCUGACCGGCUACACUAAGGGCUUAUCUUCAGACCUCCAGACUAUGGAUACAGUCCGUGGCCUUGGUAGACAGUGCGCAAGCUACAGGUGCGACCUCAGCGACAGAGCUUCCGUGGCGCAACUUAUCCCGCGCAUAAUUGCAGACCAUAGGAUCGACGUUUUAGUCAAUGCAGCUGGGAUUCUGAAGCGGCAUGAUGCUGUUGAUUACCCACAAGGUGAAUUUGAUAAGGUCAUGCAAGUGAAUCUAAGCGUGACCUUCGUAUUAUGCAGAGAACUGGCUAAGUAUUGGAUCGAGAACGAAAUGAAGGGGAAAAUUAUCAAUAUAGGGAGUGUUAUGACGAUUGUUGGAGGUGUGAGGGUUUCAGCAUAUGCGGCGAGUAAGGGAGCAGUGGGACAAUUGACCAAAGCAUUAAGCAACGAGUGGGCAGGAAAGGGAAUCUGUGUCAAUGCAAUUGCGCCAGGUUACAUUGCUACAGAUAUGAACAAAGAUGUACGGGCAGAUAAAGAGUCGCCUUACUACCAGAGCACUGUCCAGAGAAUCCCUGCAGGGCACUGGGGCACUCCAGAGAACCUUAAAGGACCUGUUGUUUUCCUGGCUAGUAGUGCCAGCAACUAUGUUUCUGGGGAGAUAUUGAAGGUAUGGGCCAGCCUUACUCCUUUUAGCCCGAGAGAGGGUGUUCACUCAAUGGUCGUCUAG